AUGCGGCGUGGAGCGAUAAUCAUGGCGUUCAACGAAUCGGACGCGCCGGCCAUUGGCCGCGCCAUCUACCGCGAAAAGAUACACCCUACCCUGGGGCCGGAGCACAAGGGCAAGGUGGUGGUCAUCGACGUGAAAAGCGGUGACUACGAGAUUGCCGACCGGCACAUUGACGGGGCCCAACGCCUGAGGAAACGACGGCCCAACGCCUACACUUGGGAGGAAUGGGUGGACGUGCUGGUAACGUACAAAAUACACCCUAGCAUCAAGCUGGUGAAACGUGGUCAGCGGUAG